AUGGCCAUGCUUUUCAUACCUGGAUGUGUACACACGCAUGACGAGUGUCUGAUGAUCAUAGCAUUGGCUGCUGAGAACCUGAUUCCAUCAGUGCAUAACAGAAAGGACAUUUCAUGUGCUAAGAUUAAUAAGAACCGGAUUUACAUCUACAAUGAAGAUGAUACCAAAAUCAGGAGAUGGACAGAUAGGAGACAGUGGACACCAUCAAGAGUGUAUGGGUGCUUUCUACUCUACAAGGAGAUGAAUGGUGCACUCUGCAAAAAGACAUUUUCAUUGGCAACAGAUCUAGGCAAAUAUCACAUUGUGAUUUACAGUUCUAAGAAUGUGGAGGAAAUGAAGCUGUGUUGCGGUGAGAAAAGCAGCAUUGGUAGAUUAUACGAGAAAUAUUUGAAAGAGUUUCCUGUUUUAAAAACAAGGGGAUUAUUCAACUACGCCAGCACAAAAACAACUGUACCCAAAUGUAGGCAAAACAGGCGCAAAAUGGUAUUUGAUGCAGAAGAAUGUAAGGAAACACUCCAGAAACUAAGACAUGAAGAUCAAAUGAUGAAAUAUUGUUUUCCUGAUAAAAGUGAUCAGAAAAUCAGUACAUUCAAAAACAUUUUUAGUUUCAGCAGUGAAAGCAAUCAGAAUGGAACUGAGUUGAGAGGUGAUGUAACAACCAAAAGUGCCAUAAUGUUUGAUCGAACAAUUCCACUGAAUGAUGGAUUGAUCAACAGGAAGAAAGAUAAUAGUCAAUAA